UAUAUGUGUGUGUGUGUUACUUUUUGCAAACUUACAUUUUGGUUGUGUUGUAGAAAUUGACGAUUCGUGCAUUAUGUUGGUACCUAAACCUAUAUUUUUUCUUGUUUUCAAUGUUGGUAAACAUCGAUCCAAGUACUUGCUUUUUAUUUUUGUUUUGAAUGCUAGAUACCUGAAUGGCAGUGUAUUGAUUAAGUACCGGGGAAGGACUAUAUAAAAAAAACAAAAUUCGAAAAAAGAAUGUGAAACGAAAUGGCCGCCGAAGCCACGGAGAAUAGACCGGUUCGAACUGACAGCGCUAGUGAUGGGGAUGAUACGUCAGAUGCAAACAAUCAGAAGACAGAAGAGAAUCUGUUUACGAAAUUCGCGCCGACGCUAAUAUCGCGCGGGGUGCUGCUCACUUGCGAGAUGUACCUGACUAGGCACCAGUGGAACACGCUAGCCGUGGUCGGCAGACAGCUGUCGUGCGCCGUCUGCGAUCAGCUAUGCGAGGCGAACGCUUUCUCUGAGCACAUCUCCUCAGAACACCAUGUUAGGAACAUGGAAAAGUUUGAGCCGCUAGAAGAAUUCGGCCCGACAAUCACCAGAAAGAUCCGCCAAAGAUACCACUGCGGGAUUUGCAACGUAUUCUUGCUCGAUGGAGACGAAAACCAACAUUUUCGCACGGAAUCCCAUAUAGCAUAUCAGACUAAGUCGAACCUCAGAUACUACGAUCUAACGCAGAGGCAAGACGACCUAACGUACAGAAUACGUGAUACUCCAGAUAAUACAGAGACAGAGAACGAAGGGAAUAAUACGCUAGAACCGAACGUAGGGUCGACCGAAGGAAACGACCAAUUAAAGGACUUAAAGACCAUUAAUGAUGCGAGGGUAGAGUUGCUGAAGACGGUAACGAGCCUGGGUGGAUUCGGUGACGUCGAUACAGACAAGACGCACGGCGAAAUCGUGGUCAGGCCGUUCGACGUUGGCUUGGUCAUCACCAGAAUGGCCUACAACACCAUAGUGGUCAAGGAAAAGGCCGUGUGCCGUUUCUGCGACCUUGAAUUCGACGGGAAAGACGCAAUGGGGCACGUUAAUGAAGCCGCGGAGCACAAUGCCACAUUGACGGUAAAUUUUUUCCUGGGCGAAUACAGGAAUAACUUGAUCAGAUUGAUCAGAGGCGAUUUCCAUUGCGCUAUAUGCAAUGUGUUCAUGAAAUCAAACGAUUUAUCGGAUCACGUCGAAAGCCUCAGCCAUAUGCUGUUACUCACCAAGUCGAUGGAAAAAUGCAAUCCCGGUAUCUCGAAUUGUUUCCGGAGACCUCAAAAUAUGAAUCACGUUAACUUCUCGCAUUAUUACAUGAACCAGCCGACUCGAAGCCUCCGGCCGUACGUUGCUCCGAUAUUCCCUUUACCGAUGAACUUCGUGCCGAAUAUACCGAAUAUACCGUUAGGGAUGUACCCGCGACCGGCGCCAUUUGCGAUCCCGAACUUCCCUGUGCCGUAUGUGAUGCCGAAUUACGCCCGUGCCCCCGGGAUCAUGCCGAAUUUUAUGCCGUUUAGGUUGCCUUUUCCUAUGGCCUAUAGCAGGCCGCGACUCUGCAUGCCACCGCAGGGGUUUUGGCCGGUAAAUUUUCAUAAUCCACCCGCGCCCUACUUCCCAGUGAAUCGGGCUAAAGAUACCAAUGGCCAUGCUCGAUCUAAAGAAGGGGAGGCAGAUACAGGGGAUUCUCAUUCGGAAGACGAAGACGAUUGUUACGACAAAGACCAAAGAAUUUGGUAUCAAGACAUCUACUACCGUCUGCUAUUGAAAUUGAAUCACGAGCAAUUUAAACGGCUUUUCGAACUGGAAAGUCAAAGUGGAAUGAUGAGGAAGACAAGCGACGAGAAAGACAAGGAAGACGACAGCAUAUACGUUUAUGUGCAGUUGAAGAAAUGCUUUUACAAGAUCAAGAGUUCGUGUUACCACACCCUAGUCGAGAUCGGACGGUCUGCUAAAUACUGCUUCGUCUGCUCAGCUGAAGUCAAGAACUCGGAUGUUAAGGAACACGUGGACAGCAUCAGGCACAACAAGAAUUUGAAGGAAUGCAAUUUUUCGAUAGACUUCUGGAAGCAUUUGGUGCGACAAGUGGAGGACAAUUUCCAUUGCGGCCUCUGCAACCUUUUUGUACCGAGCGAUAUGCUGUUGGCGCACUUACAGUGGCCCACGCACGUCUCGAACUUCCACUGGGCGUUCAGGGCCAAAGUGCCGAGCGUGGAGCAAGAAACACCAGACCAUCAGGUUGAGCGACCCGAAAUAGGACCCCCGCCAAAGCGGGAGGACCUGAAACUUGACUUUCUAUUCGCCGAUUUCGCUGAUCGCGACGAGUUUCUCGCUUCCAAUAAGCUCGUCGAAGCGGACAGGAACCGCAGCUUUGUUGAGUCGCAAGAUUGGCAAGGGACCGUCGGGGCUGGGGGCCACGUCAAAUGUCCGGUCUGCGAUGAUGAGUCCUCGAGUGAGUCCGAGGACAGCGGCAACGCGGAGUCUGGUGCAGAUCUCGAUGAGCCUCGUCACGUAUACGUCGAGGGUGGUAGAAACGCGAGGGAAUCCAUCGUAUAACGCUCCACAUUCAUGAGUCUUAAGAAAAGUGAGACGGUUGAAGAUCAUGUUUGUCUCAUUCGCCUCAUUUGUCUCAUGUUAUAUAUAAAUAAUCCCUAGAUCCUACCGAAAUGGCGCUUAAGAAUCUCAAUUAAAACAAUAUUCAGUAAUCCCCCCUAUAACACGGUAGAUCGGUACCGCGUUAUAAGCAACGCGUUGUAUAACGCAUCAUGUACAAAUAGAAUACAAUAUAACCAAUGUUUACACUUCAAAAACUGGGAACACCAAUUUAUAAUAAUAAAUUAAUUUCAUUUCAUUUUAUAACAACACAAUUGACGUAAUGUGCAAAGCUACGCGAAAUUAAUUAUGAACUAUAAAAAUCAUUAUAAUUUUCAGAGUGCAGAAAUGUUAUGUAUAACGCGUAAAAUCCCCGCCUUUAUAUGGAUGAAUACCCGUGUUAUACGACGAACUGAAAUCGCGCAAUAUGAAUAUGCGUUAUAAGAGUACCGUGUUAUAAGGGGGGAUUGCUGUAAAUAAUCUAUUGACACAUCUCUUUAGUUGUUUUAAGGACCGACUAUCGAUUUUACAUUUGCAAAGCUAGAAGCUAAUGUUUCGAAGUCAGUCGCCAUCUUGUUUUAGUUUGACGCGUGACAUUAGCGAACGUCAAGUCGCGGAAUGUCAUUAAUGAUCUCUUUGGCAAUAAUUGACAGAUUUAACGAUUAACAAUUUUUUUUGUUAUGAAUAACUACUUAUUAUUUAACUGGGAUAUCCCACGAUUCUUAGUUUAAGCGAGUUCCCAAUGUCUCGAAACUUGAAGACUGAGGGAAUAAGGUUAGUGGCAGAAAAAUCUGUACCCUCUCUUUAGUCCAUUAUUGGGCGUUAACGCAUUUAAUAGGGAUCUCGUUGGAUAACGACCAAUUCUGGGUUGAGAUGAAGAAGAAUUAACUAUUAUCGAAAUAUGAUAAGCAAUUUACGUGAGAGAUAAACAAAUACACACACACACACUUAAUGAGAGUUGCUAAUUGUGAGAUCUCGGCAGGAAUCAAGGCUGGAUGUAAUUGAAAAACGCUAUUAAACGCAUUGGUGGGUAUUUUUAAAUAAACCCUAUUGCAGAUCUAAAAUACGUUAGAAAUUCGAAAUUAAAAAUUUUAAAAAUAUAACGGCCACAAGAUGUUUGUUCUGUGACGUCAUUAGUCGGUGAUCAGAGUCGUUAUUGUUCGGGAAAAUUCCUUCUUGACCGACACUUGUCAUCAAACAUUCCGUAUAAAUAUCCACUGAAAUCUGAAAUUAAAUAAUUAUCAUGAAAAUAAUUUUCGUAUAGUAGUAGUAAUCGAAUCAAAUGUACGAACCGAAAUUGUUCGCUCAUGGAUAUCAGACGGCCAUAUUGUUUGAAUUUGACAUUAGCAAACGUCAAAUCGCUAUUUGACAGCCGCCAUGAUGAAUUACGGCUAAGGCGCGAACUCCGAACACAAUAGUACUAAACUACUGUCAAUAUUUGAUUAGCAAUAAUAGUGUUAAAAAAAAAAAACAGCAAAAGAAAAACAUCUAAAAAUAAAAGCGAAUAAAUGCGUAUUUUGUCAAAAAUUACAUCCAGUCUUUUAGGAUUACGUGAUACGAAAAUUCGGUUAAGUUAAAUUAUUGGAGAGUUGAUAGGCUAAUUGCCUCUGAGGCAACGAAUUUGAGACUGGAAAUGUGUGCUUAUGUGUUCAUAGGCGCCGCGAUUGCGUAAUGCACGCGGUGAACUGUAAUUAUAUAGAUAAACUUACGGGGCAAGAGAAUCGUAAAAUGUAUGCUUAAGAACAUCCUAACGCUUGUCCAGUUACGGUUUCUCUGGGAAACAACAAUGAUUUGCAUUAUUUAAAUCGCUAAACAUAAUCUAAUAACUAAAGCUUAUCAAUGGUUACUAAAACAGGUGACGUCAUUUGUGGCUAACCCUUGUACUUUUUAAAGAAGAUCCUUUUGUCCUGCCGUUUAGUUAUUGGAAUUGCUCUAGUCUCUAGAAAAGCUGUUUCAACGGCGGCAUCAUGGCUAAAAUUUAAAGGAGUAUUUUUUUCAAAAAAUCUCAGGAAUAUAGCGCGAAUUUAGACAUUGACAAACUUUUGAAAAAGCCCGAGAAGUAGCGUCCAAUGAUUGAUUAUUUAAAGUUUUUCUCUUUAAAAAUAACGGUCAUUAACCCCCAUUAUACUAUAAAGAGACACUAAAUGUUUCCCCGCCAAAGUCAUUAAUUUAAUAUUAUCACUGUCAUUGGCGAGAGAAAUGUCAUCAAAAAAACAUGGCCGCUCGGACGCCAUUUUAAAGCAAGGCUUAAUUUCGCUUCAGUCUAUUCUGUAAAACACAAUAAAUUAGAUGUCAUAUUAUUUAACAUUAUCAGCUAGCUUGGAUUUAUUGAAAUGCUAACUUAUACAUCGCCAUUUAUUUUCUUUUGUCGAAUUAAUGCAUAAUUUAUUUCGAUUUGAACAGCGCGUAAGGGGUUUUUGUUUUUGUUUCAUAGCUAAAUUAAAAGGAUUUUUGAAAUCAUCAUAUUUAUUAUAUCCACCUUUAAGGUACAGUGAAAAUAACACUUGUCUCUAAUUCGCACAAUGCGAAUUCAUGAUAACAGUAAAUCUCCCGUUAAAGGCUGGCAACACUGACGCUUUGCACUGGCAACACUAAGAUUCGUUUCUAAUUUAGUAUACAUAUUGUUAAGCGUUAUUAUAUUUUUAAACACCGCUUUCCACUAACGUAUGCAGCGUUUUGGUGU